GAAGUAUUCAAAUAAACAACAACACAGAACACACUAACAGAACCAAAGCUGCCGUUGCCGCAUGACAGACAGGAAGAAUUUGCUUUGACGUUGGAUUGAUUUUCCAUCAUCAUGGGCCGCAAGAUGAAGAAGAAGUUGAAUGCCAAAUAUCGUGGCAUGAUCGUGAAGAAAUACAACAAGAGUACGAGGUUGGCGAGGGAAAACGCACUUCGGCACGAGGAUGAACGAAAAAUUGCCAUGGUUGACCGACCUUAUUAUAAGAAAAGGGCUCCAACGCGAUUCAUUUGGGUAACCAAUCUUCUGCUGGACACAAAAUCCUUCUUGGUUCGCUUUAAUCCUACGGACUCUGUGAGAAAGGUGAAAACGUACAUCCAAAAAGCCACAGGUAUCCCGUGGCAGUUCCAGACUCUGUAUCUUAGUGGCAAACACGUCCUUGCCGACACAGACAUGAUGAGCGAAAUCGAAGUCAAAGGAACCAGGUGGAGAAUUUCGGUGGCUGUCAGCAACUCGUUCAGUUACGUGGUAGUUCGCGACAAGUCAGACAACACCGAGUUCGUCUUGGGAGUUGACUCGGACGCCUUUGACACUGCCAAUGCGUCUGUCUUGUACGAAAAGAUCGAACCCAACAAGUUCGAGCAAGAACUCGCAGCCCAGAAGGGAAAAGUAGCGAGGAUGCUCUUUGUUGCGAGCCGAGUGAUCGAGCCUGGCCUGCCUCUCAAAACGUACAACAUCACUAGAGGUGACAGCAUCACCCUGAUAAGAUACAGCGACUCGUUUCCGAGAAACAUUUUCCUCAAAUUUGCUGGUAGAAACGUUGUGGGGGAGCUCGUUUUGGGCCCAUACGAGUGCCAGCCGUACACGGACGUCAGAACUCUCAAAACCUGGUUCUUCACAACGUCCCAAGCGCCUGAUGGACACUACCGCGUUUUCUUCGGGCCUGAGGAGAUGGAUAAUUACGUCAGGAUGGGCGAGAUUGACAUCCCGGCGGGCACAGUGCUCAGGAUUCAGCUUGACGAGGAUCCUCUGGCCAAGAUGAGACUGACGUCGUGGUGGCCGCCCCGAAUCGACAAGGGGCCUGAGGAGGAGCAACCCAAGAAAACCAGGAAGAUGAAGAAUCAAUCACGCAAAACACGUGCCAAAGAGAGAAAGUUGGCCAGGAAAUUGAAUCCAAACCAAAGUAACGAGGAGCCCGAGCCCGAGCCUGAACCCGAUCCUCACUAUCCUUACGGACGUUACUCUCCUGGCUAUACACCUGGCGUUCAUUUGCCUGGCUCUCCUUCGUACAUGCCCAGAUUUCAACCUACCACUCCCGGAUUACAACCUACCUCUACUGCACCCGCCCCCACCGUUCCUUCAUACGACCCUAGAUCUCCUGAAUUUUCCCUUACCGCACCUGCACCCGCCCACACCGUUCCUUCAUACGACCCUAGCUCUCCUGAAUUUUCCCUUACCGCACCUGCACCCGCCCACACCGUUCCUCCAUACGACCCAAGCUCUCCUGAAGAUUUCCCCUCCUCCCCUGCAUAUCCUACCUUUCUUCAAUUUGGCCCUACGUAUGCCACUAACUCUCCUUUGUACAACGCUCGCUCCCCUGAAUUUGCCCCCACCUCUCCUACGUAUACCCCUAACUCUCCUUUGCACAACCCUCACUCCUCUGCAUUUGCCCCCACCUCUCCUUCAUACCCUCCUACCUCUCCUACGUAUAACCCUAACUCUCCUUUGCACAACCCUCACUCCUCUGCAUUUGCCCCCACCUCUCCUUCAUACCCUCCUACCUCUCCUACGUAUACCCCUAACUCUCCUUUGUACAACCCUCACUCCCCCGCAUUUGCCCCCACCUCUCCUUCAUACCCUCCUACCUCUCCUACGUAUGCCCCUAACUCUCCUUUGUACAUCCAUCACUCCCCUGCAUUUGCCCCCACCUCUCCUACAUACCCUCCUUCCUCUCCUACGUAUACCCCUAAUUCUCCUUUGUACAACCCUGUAUAUGCCCCUAUCUCUCCGACACAAAUGCCUGAUAGCACCCUUGGUGGUCCUGUAUCUGGAGAUGACGAGCAAUUGACAGAUGAUGAUGACCACUCGACUGAUUCAACUGGUUUGAAUGUCUCUGACUCUUACAAUUUGACUGAUUCCAAUAGCUCGACUGAAUAGUGUAGUUCAAAUUUAAUUCAUGAUGUGGCAUUUUUUAUCGGAUCUGAUGUGUUAAAUAUAAGAGCCCAUAUUUCAUGAUUCCAGCAUCAAACAACAAAAAAUUCCUAUCUUUCUGGACUUGGAUAACUAUGUGGCAUUACGAUCCUGAAUAAACACCCAACUUGUACUGACACUAAA